AUGUCAUUCACGCUUCCGGAUCUCAGGUUCGAACAGACCUUCUACAAGCAGCUUCUGGCCAAUGCUGGCAAGAAGUAUCCUGAAGGCAAUAGUCUUAGCGACAAGGAAUUGAAGCUGCUCAGCAAAAAGAUUGACGAAGAAGAAGAGAGAAUAAGAGAUAGCGGAGACACGCAUCACCAUCCCGGCAGCCAAAAUAAUCAAUUGCAGCCCAUUGAGCCCAUAACCCCGUGGAUAGUGAUCUACACCAUAAUCAAGGACCAGAUGUUCUUCCCACUAUUGCAGGGCUUCUUGUGGACCGGUGUUCUUAUAAGCUUGAGGCCGUUGAUGAGGCUAGCAGUGAAACAGGGCCAGCAUGCUGGAACCUGGGUGGCCAAUCUUGUUGGGUUGAAUGCCAUUCAUCGUAGAUAG